UAAAAUGAUUCUGGCCACUGCUACCACCACCUCCACAGUCCAUGCGGCGCACAACCAUCUUCACCACCACUAUCAUCACCUGAACGCUAAUCAGCCAUGAUUGUGAACAAAAUGCCACUUCAUCACAAGGAAAGCCACAACAAGCUAUUUAACACAAUUUCCUCAACAACCUCAAUAACUGCAGGUCAAUUAGCUAACUCAUUUUUAAUGCUUAUAUUUUUGCGUUAAAAAUACCUGCAAGAAACAAAUAUACAUGUGGAAGUAAAUAAAAAGAACAAGAAAGAAGCAUGAGAAUCUUGAUACAACUUUCCAAGAAAAUCUUUACAGCACAGUUCCAGCAUUUUCUUUCUGCUAACUUUCCCCUCUUUCUUUUAUUUUAUUCCCAAGAAUAUGCUUUUUUCUUUCUUUCCCUUGUAAUUAAUUUCUUGCUUAAUUUCUUUACAUUGAUAUUCUUGUGUGCGAGUCCUACCAUUUGCAAUUCCUUCAUACUGUGACCCAGAAACAACCAUGGAGAUCAAAAUAAUGAGAAGCUUCGAGGUAGUAGUUUGGUUGCUUUUACUUCUGUUGGUAGAAGAAAAAUCUUGUGGCAUGAAACAGCAGAAUAAGCUAAGAGAAAUGGAAGCAAAGCUUCAAGAAAUAGCAGCAGCAGAAGCAACAUUAUAUUCUUUUGCAUCCCUCCUAGUUUCAGAGACCAAACAGAAGAUUGGGAGAGUGUUGUAUCCAACUGGGUACGGGGCGGAUCCAAGUGGGGAAGAAGAGAGCAGUGAUGCUAUAUUGAAGGCGUUGAAUGAUGCGUUUCAACUGCAAAAUGGGCUAGAAUUGCUGCCUGGUAUAAAUGAUUUGGGUGGUGUUGUAAUUGAUUUGCAAGGUGGAAAUUACAAAAUCAGCAAACCCAUCAGGUUUCCAGCUGCUGGUGGAGCCAACAUUGAGGUAAAAGGAGGAACUUUGCGAGCAUCAGACACAUUUCCAGAAGAUAGGCAUCUGAUUGAAGUAUGGUCACCAAAUUCCAAACCACUUGAUAAUUCAGAUUCCAUUCAUGAUCUUCCAGGUUUGAGAGACAGAAAAGACCAGGGUAUAGGCAUCUACUACGAGGACAUAAUCUUCAGGGACAUUCUCUUCGAUUCAAGGUACAGAGGAGGAGGCAUUUUCAUCAUAGAUUCUGCAAGAAUUCGCAUCAACAAUUGCUUCUUUGUACACUUCACAACACAAGGAAUUCUAGUCCAGAAAGGCCACGAGGCCUUCAUAUCAAGCUGCUUCUUAGGGCAACAUUCCACAGUUGGUGGAGAUAAAGGUGAAAGAGAUUUCUCAGGCACUGCCAUUGAGCUGGCUAGCAAUGAUAAUGCAAUAACAGAUGUUGCAAUCUUCUCAGCUGCCAUUGGAGUGCUAUUGAAAGGUCAGGCUAAUAUUCUGACGGGAAUACACUGCUAUAACAAGGCAACGUUUUGGGGUGGCAUUGGAGUUCUGGUGAAGCAAUUUGCUUCACUCACCAGGAUAGAUAACUGUUACCUGGAUUACAAUUCUGUAGUCAUCGAAGAUCCAGUUCAGGUUCAUGUCACUGAUGGGCUCUUCUUGGGAGAUGGCAAUGUUGUUUUGAAAGCUAUAAAAGGCAAAAUUUCUGGGGUUAAUAUAGUCAAUAAUAUGUUUAAUGGGAACCCAAAAAAUAUGGUUCCUAUAGUAAGAUUAGAUGGGAUUUUUACUAGCGUUGAUCAGGUGGUGAUUGACAAGAACAAUGUGAAUGGUAUGAGCUUGAAAUCAACUACAGGGAGACAAACAGUGGCUGGAAAUGGAACAAGAUGGGCAGCUGAUUUUUCAUCUUUGCUGAUAUUUCCAGACAUGAUUAAUCAUUUUCAGUUCUCAUUUUACAGUAGUGAAAAGGGGUUGCUGCCAGUACAUGCAGCAGUGACAAAUGUGUCAAAUAAUGUGGUGGUUGUGGAGAGUGACAAAGCAGUUAAUGGGGUUGUUUCUAUAGUGGUUGAUCAGUAUAAUAUGGUUGGAGAGGGUAUUGUUUUUAUGUAAAUAUUAACUGGGUCAUGGGCAUCACUUCAUACUGAUCCCCCCUUUUUUUUUUUUUUUUUUUUUAAAUGGGGCAUCAUCUUCAA